AUGGAAGAACUGCUCAAAUCUCAGGCAGAGGCUAGGAAGGCAAGGUUGGCAGAGUUGCGAGGUCAAAGGAACCAAAGUAGGGCCAAUCCUACAGAAAUUGCAACAAGGGAAGCACCAGUAUCAGAAGAAGAUCACAAAAUUGAAAAUGCAUCACAUACCAAUGGAAAUACCAACAUAAACACUACAAAUGCCAGCAAGAGCAAAAUAGAAAAGGCGCCCGUUUUCCAAAUCUCCAAGUUUGAGACUGUAGAGGCUAUUGCAUCUGACGAACAGGCCAAAAUUAUGGCUAAGUUCAACCAACAGGCCAUAAGUGCUGCAGCUGACUCUGCCUCAUCCUCCGUCGGAGCCCAUACGAAUCUCAAACAAGAGCGAGUGAGCCAUAACAAGGACCUCAAGGACGACAUUCAAGACUACUUGGAUCUUGCAGCCGACAAGACAAACAUUGCAUUACAUAAAAUCAUACAUCGAAAAUUCUUGCAGGCUCAAGAAGGUGAAACCGGGCUGUAUAGCUAA